GCCAGGUGCUCCGCCCUCCCCGCCGCCCCCUCCGCUCGGGUGUCGCCCGCCCCGGCGCUGACAGCAGCCCCGCAGCCGCCGGCCGCAAACUCUCCGGAAGCGGCCCGCGCUGUCGGGCGGAGGCGCCGGCGCCGCUCUCGCGUCUCCACUUGCGACGUUUGACCUUUGGCGGUCGGAGGAGGCCGGCGCGGGGCGGCACAGCCGCGGCGGCGGCCGGAGGGCAUCUCGCAGGACCCGUCCGUCGGCGGCGCCCCCGGGCUCCCGACGUGCUCGCGCCGCAGCGGGGCGCAUGCCGACCGCGAGUCGGAGCCAUGGAUGUGUGCGCCCGGCUGGCCCUGUGGCUCCUGUGGGGGCUCCUCCUGCACCACGGCCAGAGCCUCAGCCCCAGCCACGGCCACGGCGAGCGGGCAGCGGGGGCCGGCUCCGGGGCCGGCGCCGAGGAGUCCACGGCUGCAGAGUUUUGCCGGAUUGACAGGCCCUUAUGCCACAGUGAGGAUGAGAAACUCAGCUUUGACGCAGUCCGCAGCAUCCAUAAGCUGAUGGACGAUGAUGCCAACGGUGACGUGGAUGUGGAAGAGAGUGAUGAGUUCCUGAGGGAAGACCUCAAUUACCAUGACCCAACUGUGAAGCAUAGCACCUUCCAUGGUGAGGAUAAGCUCAUCAGCGUGGAGGACCUGUGGAAGGCAUGGAAGUCCUCUGAAGUGUACAACUGGACCGUGGAUGAGGUGGUGCAGUGGCUGAUCACCUAUGUGGAGCUGCCUCAGUAUGAGGAGACUUUCCGCAAGCUGCAGCUCAGUGGCCAUGCCAUGCCGAGGCUAGCUGUAACCAACACUACCAUGACAGGGACUGUCCUGAAGAUGACAGAUCGGAGCCAUCGGCAGAAGCUGCAACUGAAGGCCCUAGACACUGUGCUGUUUGGGCCUCCUCUCUUGACCCGUCACAAUCACCUCAAGGACUUCAUGCUGGUGGUGUCCAUCGUUAUUGGUGUGGGUGGCUGCUGGUUUGCUUACAUCCAGAACCGUUACUCCAAGGAGCACAUGAAGAAAAUGAUGAAGGAUCUGGAGGGGCUACACCGAGCUGAGCAGAGUCUGCACGACCUUCAGGAAAGGCUACACAAGGCCCAGGAGGAGCACCGCACAGUGGAGGUGGAGAAGGUACAUUUGGAAAAGAAGCUUCGAGAUGAGAUCAACCUUGCCAAGCAGGAAGCCCAGCGGCUGAAGGAGCUUCGGGAGGGCACUGAGAAUGAGCGGAGCCGCCAGAAAUACGCUGAGGAGGAGUUGGAGCAGGUGCGGGAGGCCCUGAGAAAGGCAGAGAAGGAGAUAGAGUCACACAGUUCCUGGUAUGCGCCUGAGGCCCUUCAGAGGUGGCUGCAGCUGACACAUGAAGUGGAGGUGCAGUACUACAACAUCAAGAAGCAUAAUGCCGAGAAGCAGCUACUGGUGGCCAAGGAGGGGGCUGAGAAGAUAAAAAAGAAAAGAAAUACACUCUUCGGCACUUUCCAUGUGGCCCACAGCUCUUCCCUGGAUGAUGUGGAUCACAAAAUCCUAACGGCCAAGCAAGCCCUAAGUGAGGUGACCGCAGCACUGCGGGAGCGCCUGCACCGCUGGCAGCAGAUCGAAAUCCUCUGCGGCUUCCAGAUCGUCAAUAACCCUGGCAUCCACACCCUGGUAACCGCCCUCAACAUAGACCCCAGCUGGAUGGGCAGCACACGCCCCAACCCUGCCCACUUCAUCAUGACCGACGACGUGGAUGAUAUGGAUGAGGAGAUCGUGUCACCCUUGUCCAUGCAGUAUGCUGCUUGGCUGAUGGGGCGUAGGUUCAGUGAUCGCUCUCUCUGCUCCACAUCCGCCGGCUCGGAUGAUCAGUCCCUCUGGAAAUACCCGGCGCCCAGUAUGCAGAGCAGCGUCCGACAGCGCCUGACGGAGCCACAGCUUGGCCUAGGAUCUCAGAGGGAUUUGACCCAUUCCGAUUCGGAGUCCUCCCUCCAUAUGAGUGAUCGCCAGCGUAUGGCCCCCAAGCCUCCUCAGAUGGUCCGUGCUGCAGAUGAGAUGCUCAGUGCCAUGACUUCCAAUGGCAGCCACCGGCUGGCUGAGGGGGUCCACCCGGGACUGCUGGUGGAGAAGCUGCCUGACAGCCCUGCCAUGGCCAAGAAGACACUGCUGGCGCUGAACCAUGAGCUGGACAAGACCCAUAGCCAGAUGGAGUUGAGCCCCUCAGCCCCACCUGGUGCUUCUCCACCUUUAGAUUCUUCCUAUUCUCACAGCCUCAGCUCCCCAGACCCAGAUACACCGUCUCCAGUGGGGGACAGCCGAGCCCUGCAGGCUGGCCGAAACACACGCAUCCCCCACCUAGCUGGCAAGAAGGCAGUGGCUGAGGAGGAUAAUGGCUCCAUUGGCGAGGAGACAGACUCCAGCCCGGGCCGAAAGAAGUUUCCCCUCAAAAUUUUUAAGAAGCCUCUUAAGAAGUAGGCAGGUGGCAGCAGUGGGACAGCUUGUUUCCUGAACCUCCUGCCUGACCUUCCUUCCCUUCCAAGAUACCUGACCCCUAGAGUGGAACAUGGGAGGCACUGGCCUAGGGGCCUGGGCACUGUACAUAGCUGCCCCCACAUCCUUGGGUCUUUCAAUAUUAUUUAUUAACUGACCACCAUGGCCAACACGCCCUGCCUCCCUCCCACCCACGGGCUGUUGUCGUCACUCCCUUUCCAGUUCAGUGCAUGUCUUAGUUGGUGCGCCCUCAGCUCCCAGCUCCACCUCUGAGGUCCAGCUUCUUUCUGUCCACUGUCCCAGUUUUGAGGUUUGGUUUAUUAUUUCUCUUUGUCUCCUGCUUCCAGGCUCCUCCCUCCCACCACUCCCCAACUUCCCUAGCAGCUAGGGAGUAAGACAGGAGGAGUAACUUCUGACACCUGCACUUCAGAUCUGUCCCACCCUAUCCAUGAUGGUUCUGUUUGUCCGAGCCUGGGGCCUAGGAUCUAGGAUAGUUAUUUGGAAGUGUGGUGGGCCAGAGGGAACCUUUACCUGGAGCUUACUGGGGCUUAAAAAGAUGUCAGUGGGGGAGUGAAGUCAAUCCCCGGGGAACAAGUCACUUGACUUUUGAAGAGAGGGCAGGCUAGAGGCUAGUUGGGAGAGUCUUCUUGUAGUUGAGUGAGUAUAUGCCACAGCUGUGGACUACAGGGCAGUCAGUCACCUUUUCUCUCUUCUGUCACCCACACCCACCUCUCUUAUCUCUGUUUCCCAAUACCACACGAGGGUUUGUCUAUAAGAGGUGCUGCCCCAGUAUUCCCCAAGGAUCAAUAUUCCUAGGGCUCAGGACAACCAGCUUCCUCAGCAGUGGGAGUCACAGACAUGAUGCAGGGCUCUACAGGGGCCCUGGAGCUGCCGGGCAAGAAUGUUGAUGCAUUUGAACCAAAAGACAGUUUAAAACUGAAACAAGAAGUUCCUGAAUUUCCCAAGUGCCUGCACCACAUACUCUUCUUGUCAGAACUCCAUUUUCACAUUACUGCAUAGCCUGGGCCAGAGGCUCAGAAAGGACAAACAGCCAAUUUAGGGAAGAGGGUGGCUAAGGGAGAUGGUGUAGGUGAAGGCGGCUAUGUGACCACUUCCCCCUACCCUUCCUACUCUCUGAACAGCUCCUUCCUGUACCUGAUUCUGCUAUGGCUGUAAGGUAUUUUCCCUCUGACCCACUCCCCGCCAUGCUUUUACCGUGGGUCCUAUUUUGGAUUGGGUAGAAGCACUUGGGCUGGCCCGAGGAGGUGCUAGGCCACAGACUGCCUUGUACUCCCCGGGCACCCUCACAUGGGUUUUCUGUGUUAUUUCAUAAGACUCUCUGAAGUCCAAUAAAGCAUGUAGAUUUUAA